GGCCCCGGCUGCGCUGACGGCACUCGGCGAACGGGGGCUGGCGGGUGGUGCGGUCGCUCCCUGAGGCAGGCCAGCUCAAGGUAGUGCGUGUGUGAACGGAGCGAGCGAGCGAGCGAGUGAGAGAGUGAGUGAGUGAGGGGGCGCGUUUGCAAGUGAACAGCUAGAAGGAUAUUACAAACAGGUAUGUCUGCUGACGAGAGCUCCGCCGAGGGCCCGCCGCAGGACCAGGCGCACGUCGAGCAGGAGAUUAGACAGCACGAGUCGCUCGAGGAUGCUAUUGAGCGCGCUGAGCCUGAGGUGGAGUCCGGCGCCAGCUCCCGGUCCGGCGGCAGCGCGCGCUCCGCCCAGCUGCCCUCGCUGCAGGAGAGUGCGCCCGGCGACUGGGAGAGGGCGUUCGCCGAGUCACCCAGCAUGGACCGCUCAGAGGGGCGCGGCCCGACCGACCUGGAGCCCUUCGAGCCGCUGGACCUGGUCGGCUGCUGCGGCGAGGAGGAAUCAGAGCCCUGGCGGCGCCCCGAGGGGGACAAUGAAUCCUGGCGGCGUCCGGAGGACGAGGCAGAGUCCUGGCGGCGUCCACAAGUUGUGGUGGAGCGCCACGACCGGUCAGAGGCCGAUUGCACGAUGCCGGUGGCCGGUGCCUCCCCUGACCGCGUGUCAACCCGACGAUAUGCCAUGGUGGAUGAGGACGUAGAUCUUAUUGAGCGAGCACCCCAGUCGACGCCACGGACAACCUCAGACGCCAAGAGUCCCAGUAAGGGACGCAAGAGGCCCUGGGAGGGGCGUGCCGCCGACAUGCCCAGUGCCAAGUGUGUGGUGCGGCGGAUAGGUGCCCUGAUUCCCAUCACUUCCCGAAGAACGGAGACCAAGCUGCCGGUGGACCGUUUGGAGGCUGCCGCCCAGGCGCUGCGGCAGCUGCUGCACGCCUGGAAGCGGCUGCUGGGGCUGACUGCCUGCGCCAAGCUGCCCGACGUCGGAGACCGGCUGGGCGCCAAGCCGUCCGUGCUGCGCCGCUUUUGUCCCGCCCUCUGGAUGCUGGUGUUCCUGCUGAUCGCGCUCGGCGGGAUCGGCCUCCAGUGGGCCCGCUGCCAGAGGACCUACCUGACCCGUCUCGGUCCGGAUACGAAGCCCGACAACAACACCGUGGUGGAGUACGUGUGUCAGCACUCGUUCGUCUGGACGUAUCUGCUGCCGCGGCUCAUCUUCCUCAUGGGCUACAUCUCCGUGUUUGUGUCGUGGUUCUGCCUAAAACACCCCGACUUCAUCACCGUGGUGGCGGAGGUGUACGACUGUGUGACCGAGCAGCACGAGUACCCGACCGUUUCUGAGCGGUUCAUCAACUACUGCCGCGUCGACCGCCGCCUGCUCUCCAUGCUGUUUGUCCUCGUCGCCCUGAUGUCUGCCGUCGGUACCCUGGUCGGAGACGGCGUGAUCGCCGGCACCGCCGCCGGCACGGCCGCCGCCUCUGCGCGAGACGCCAAGCACGCCGGCGUCGUGCUGGUGGCCGACGUGUUCAACUUCGUCGUCAAACUGGUGCACGAUAACGUCAUGUUCUUCGUGCUGGCGGCGCACACGCUGUCGCUCAAGUAUUUCGAUCUGAUCCUGCAGAAGACUCAGAUUCAUUUGGGGAAUAUCGCCGGUCAGGCGCACAUCAGUUCGGACACGUACGUUCGGCCGCAGUACCAGCGCGGCCACCGGCUGAUGGCGCAGGCUCAGGCUGCCGUCUCUGCCGUGCUCCUGAUGGUGCUGCUGAGGGUGUGCCAGGCGCUGGUGCUGAUCUUGGUGGACCAGACCCAGCUCGUGCCGCGCACGGAGUCGCUGGGACUGCUGCCGCUCGUCGUCGUCUACAGCAUGAUGGUGGUCUACAUGGUGCACAGGAGCUCUCGUCUCACCAAAGACGGCAAGCUCCACCACGCCCGCCACGCCUCCACGGGACCCAACUUUGCCGAGGGAGGCGCCCAGGACGCAGACGACGACGGCGAGCCCCUGCAGCCGCGUGAGGACGCCGAACAGGACGCCGACAGACAGGAGAGGGCUCCGGAGCGGCCGGCGUCCCGAUCCCAGUGGACGCCGCCCCUGGAGCCGUGUCCCGUCAUCACAGGACGUCUGUUCGGACUGGACGCCGCGCCGUGGAUGUAUGCCGCUCUGGUCCUGCUCGUGGUCUGCUACUGCGCUGGAUAUUUCGCCGUGGAGCGGUACUGGCCGUUUUUCUAGUCCGUCAAAGAUCGACGAUGACGUUGUUUCGGUGACGUUAAUUUAUUGGCGUUGUUGAUGUUUGGAGGCUAUUUUCUACCCGGGUCUUCUCAUGAUUCAAAAUGUGCCAUGCUUCCGCAUUUUUGACAUUUUCAAUGUUUAUUUUGGAUGUGCCUUAUUAGGCCGAGGUGUAAAUAAAUAGCUGCAAUUUCAACUUUGUUUUUGCUC